AUGUGGGUGGCGGCCCGCCGGCUGUGGGGACACCCUGCGGGGCUCUGGGUGGUGGUCGGCGGCCGCCAGACGGGGCUUCUUCCUGGCGGUGUCCGAGACCUGCAUGGCUCCCCAGUCUCCUGCGGCAAGAACCUGCUCAAGAAAUUUGCCUCGAAAACCAAAAAGAAGUUUUGGUAUGAAGGCCCUUCCCUGGGCUCUCACAUGACUUACAAGCCAUCCAAGUUGGAACUCCUAACAAAGAGCACGGCAAAGAAAACCAGGAAGGAAGACCACGUGCGCCUGAGGGCCCUGAAUGGCCUCCUCUACAAAGCACUCAGCGAUUUGCUGUGCACCCCUGAAGUGAGCCAAGAGGUCUAUGACCUGAAUGUGGAGCUGUCCAAGGUGUCUUUGACUUCAGACUUCUCCGCCUGCCGUGUGUACUGGAGGACGACUGGCUCUGCUGAGCAGAAUGCACACACCCAGGACACUCUGAAGCGAUUCUCAGGACAUAUGAGGCAUCUUUUGAUGUCCCAGCAGACACUGAGGAACGUGCCACCACUAGUGUUUGUUCAGGACAAACAGCAUGCAGCUCUAGCUGAGGUGGAUCGGUUACUGGCAGUUGCUGAUCUUGGACCCCCUGAUGAAGAAGACCUUAUACAAAGUGACUUCAGGGACCCUGCGGCCCCAGAUGCCCCAUCGCCAUGUGACGCCCUGGGCCCUGCCAUGCACUCGAGUGUGUGUGGGAUCGAUCAUGAGGCUCUCAACAAGCAGAUCAUGGAGUACAAGAAAAGGAAAGAGAAAGGACACCGGGGCGAGAGCCCAGCAUGGCUGGGGCCAGAGCAGGUGGCUGAGCUGACAAGACAGAUGAAAAGGAAGAAGAAGGCUAAGCCUCGUGUGGACGAUGAUCUCUCCCCCAAGAACUAUCCGUGGGGGUUGGUGAGCGAAGACGACCUGGACGAUGACAGGGCCCUUCCGGGGAGUUCACCCCAGGACAGGACGGGGAGCUCCGAGAAGCAGAGCAGGAACUGA